UGCCCUGGCCUCGCGGACAUGAGUUCCCCGCCGCGCUUCAGCCCGUGCCUUUCGUGGGCAAGAAUCAUGUGCAUCUUCCUCCUGCCAUUUGUCUGGUCGGGUUUUGCUCCUCGAGCCAACUAUAAAGAGGACCUUAUUUCUGGAGAAACUGAGUCGCAUAUGCACAGCAGGUUUAAUUGGUCUCACCUGACCCCUCUUGAGCUGAAGAACCGAACUAUGGGACUUCAGACAGACAGUGCAGCUGAGAGUACCCCAUACUUCACACUGGAGGGGCACAAGUUCCUGAUCUUCGGGGGCUCCAUCCACUAUUUCCGGGUGCCCAGGGCGUACUGGAGGGACCGCCUCCUGAAGCUGAAGGCCUGUGGCUUCAACACUGUCACUACCUACGUCCCAUGGAACCUCCACGAGCCACAGCGGGGCACGUUUGACUUCUCUGGGAACCUGGACCUGGAGGCCUUUGUCCUGAUGGCUGCUGAGAUUGGGCUGUGGGUGAUUCUGCGUCCAGGCCCCUACAUCUGCAGUGAGAUAGACCUCGGCGGCUUGCCCAGCUGGCUACUGCAGGACCCCAAGCUGAAGCUGAGAACAACCCACCACGGCUUUGUGAAAGCAGUCGAUAAAUAUUUUGACCAUCUGAUUGCCAGAGUGGUUCCUCUGCAGUACCGCCAGGGAGGCCCCAUCAUUGCAGUGCAGGUGGAGAAUGAGUACGGUUCGUUUGAUGAGGAUGAACAGUACAUGCCUUACCUUCAAAAGGCCCUGCUGAAAAGAGGGAUAGUGGAGAUGCUCUUGACCUCAGAUGGUGAGGAUGAAGUGCUGAAAGGCCGCAUAGAAGGAGUGCUGGCCACCAUCAAUAUAAACUCGUUCAGGAAGGAUGCUUUUGAGAGCCUCUCUAACGUGCAGAGAAAUAAGCCCAUUAUGAUUAUGGAAUACUGGGUUGGCUGGUUCGACACAUGGGGAGGUGAACACAUGGUUAAAAAUGCAAACGAUGUUGAAAAAACUGUGUCUGAAUUUAUCGAAUCUGAGAUCUCCUUCAACGUAUACAUGUUCCAUGGUGGAACCAACUUUGGUUUCAUGAAUGGGGCCACACAUUUUGACACACACAGGGGUGUGGUCACCAGCUAUGACUAUGAUGCUGUGCUGACAGAGGCCGGGGAUUACACAGAAAAAUAUUUCAAGCUUCGAAAACUCUUGGGAUCUGUCUUAGCAAUUCCUUUGCCCCCCUUACCUGAGCUCACUCCUAAGGCUGUGUACCCUUCGGUGAGGCCAUCCCUUUACUUGCCGCUGUGGGAUGCCCUACAGUACCUACAUGAGCCAAUUGUGUCCAGUAAGCCAGUCAACAUGGAGAGUCUUCCCAUAUACAAUGGGAGCGGUCAGUCCUAUGGAUUCAUCCUGUAUGAGACGUCCAUCUGCUCUGGAGGUCUGCUGCGUGCCAAUGCUCAUGAUACCGCACAGGUGUUUUUGAAUGAGAAAAGCAUAGGCAUUCUGGCUGGUGAUAACCAGAACGUGAACAUUCCUGAAGUCAGGGGAUGUCAGCUUCUGAGGAUCCUGGUGGAGAAUCAAGGACGAGUAAAUUAUUCAUGGAAAAUUCAACUUCAGCAGAAAGGAUUAACUGGAUCUGUUACCGUCAACAACAUUCCCCUGGAGGGCUUCACAAUCUAUUCCCUGGAAAUGAAAAUGAGCUUCUUUGAGAGGCUCCGCUCUGCCACCUGGAGACGUGUCCCAAACAGCUACCUGGGCCCUGCCUUCUACCUUGGAACACUGAAGGCUGGUUCCGAGCCUAAGGACACCUUCCUGAAACUGCCGAACUGGAACUAUGGAUUUGUGUUCAUCAAUGGACGUAACCUUGGGCGAUAUUGGUACAUUGGGCCACAGGAAACACUUUACCUUCCUGGUGCCUGGCUUCAUCCAGAAGACAAUGAGAUUAUCCUGUUUGAAAGAAGCAAGAGUGGUUCAUACAUCCAAACCACAGAUAAAUCCAAGCUUUACCACUAGGCCAUAAGAUUUUUUGUUGUGGAUUGUUGGCGUUCAUCUACAAGCAGUUUUCAGGAGGAGGACUUAUGUCUAGAACACCAAACACACUGUGGCCUGCAAUAGUAAAUAUGUGAAA